AUAAUUAAGAGAGAAAUGGGAGAAGAAGACGAAGAUGAAGGCUGGGGUUGGCAUCUGUUACUAAUCAUCAAACAAGUGAAGUGAAGAGAAAAGAAAUGGGGAGUCUGGUGUACCAAGUAAUUUCCUCCGCGGCACUUCUGACGCUGGGCAUGUACCAUCUGAUAAGCACCACGCGCAACUACCUCAAAUCGCCUCACGCCUACGCCGCCAAACCCUUCCACCCCUUCCCCUACCCCCGCCGCCUCCCGCUCUACCUAAUCAUACUCUCUCUCCUCCUCGCCAUGGCCCACCACCUUCUCGUCUCCGCCGACGCCGAUCCCCUUGUCCGCGGCGCCACCGCCGUCCACCGCAUCACCUCCCUCCAAUCCGCCGCCACGCUCUUUUUAUUCCUCCUCCUCGCCUUCGCCCUCCUCAUCGCGGACGCCUCCCCCGCCCUCCUCCCCCUCUCCCCCGACCUCUCCUUCGCCCUCGCCUCCGUCCUCUUCCUCCUCCACGCCGCCCUCGCCUCCGCCCGCGCCGCCCUCCAGACCUCCGCCAUCGAGGCCAAAUGCCUCUCCGUCUCUGCUAACCUCUCCCACCUCUCCGCCCUCCUCUGCCUCCUCCUCGCCGCGCUCCCGCGCCUCUUCCCCGCCGACGCCGCCCUCUCCGCCACCUUCUGCCUCCGCGGGCUCUGGGCUCUCCAGAGCGGCCUCUCCCUCUACGCCGACGCCUUCAUCCCCGAGGGCUGCCACCGCCUCCUCGACGUCACCAGCGGCGUCGAGGGCUCCACACAGUGCGAUCUGGACGAGUCCAAGCUCCGCGCCGUCGCCAUCCUUGAUCUCGCAUUCUUGAUCCACGCCAUCAUCGUGGUCCUAAUCGUGCUCCUCACUUAUGCCCUCUUCGCCAGAAGCUUCGGCGGGAGGAGGCUCGGAUCCUAUGAGGCGCUCCCCACCGCGGCUUCCCCUACGGACCCCAACCACAGCCUUAUUCAGAUGAAGGCCUUGACUGGCACCCAGGCUUGAAUCUUUUUUUCGUUCAUUAUAUUAUUUAUUUAUUUAGAAUUUUUGUUAUCUAUCGUUAUGUGAUCAGAAUGUAGGGACGGACUUUGUGAAUACAACAUAGUAUUCCUGUUUAGUUAGUCAGAUGAAUCCUUAUGCAGUUCCAAUUUUGUUUUGUUUUGUUUUGUUUGUUACUGCUUUGCAUUUUCCUAAUCACUCUUGGUAGAUAUCAUAUGGACCUUCUCUUUUUUUA